AUGCGCUUCCGAAAGGAACUUGGCAAGCAUGAUGGGCUCAUUGCAGGGGACUUCGUCCGCAACUUCUUCGAAUUCAACCGUUGGGAAGUCAGCUCGCUGCUUGUAUACAUUGAACGGGGACCCAAAUACCAGCGUUUUAUCAAGUAUCUACUUGACCAUGAAGGAUACAGACCCUAUGCGGAAGAAACAAUAUUCCGCCGUGACAAUACGCCAGAUCUAUAUAUUGUCAUCAUCGCUACAACCGAUUCCCCUGUCGUGGAAAUCGUCAACAAGGCUCUCACGACAGCUGAUCUGAAUGUUAUAUCCUGGAAUAAAGCAUACUGCCUGCUUCCGAUUCCUACCGUUGUAUUUCACAAAUUCUACCCUCUCAGACCCUUCGACAAUGCCCUUGGCAAAUCACUCCGCCACCGGGCCAAACGGGGUUGGACUACAAGGGACAUGCUUUGGCCUGAUUUGACAACUCAACUCAUUUCUCGCAAGGAAUGUCGUCAAAUUGGCGGACCGAGCUCUCUUAUCAUCAAACUUGGAAACGAACCAUCAGGGGCCUACACUCCUGACUAUGUCCUCCAGGGGAGCGUCUAUUCUGUGGUAUGGAAAACAAUGGAUACUGGUCGGUUCUUAUCUGUUACCAUGCAGCCCGGGCCUGUUUCCUAUGCACUUCGUUAUGCACACGCAAAUGGCGAAGCCGGUCGUGGCUGCAAAGACUGGGAAAGAUUCUUGUGCGACCGAUUGGACCGUUGGACUUAUGUCGAGAUAGCCAAGAUGGAUCGUGAGCAACAGCCACAAGGGUUCUACCAUAUGACACCAGGGAACUAUCGCGUCCGUGUUCCUGCUGGACACCAGCUACCCGAAACGUGGGACUAUGCAGAUGACCAGAUCAUUCCGUGGUUUCGAGAAUGGGAGGCAGGUCAGACAAUGAGUAACGAGUAG